GGGGGGUCUCCAUAAAGCUGGGCAAGGAACUCGACAAGUGCGACAAGAGGCAGCAGCAGAUGAUCGAGCACGCCGAGUACAUCCACCAGCUACGCGUCGAGCUGGCUGAGAGAGAUGAGUUACAUGGUGACCUGGCCGACCGACUUGCCCACGAGGCCCAACCUGCGCCUGGCAAAACCAAGGCCACUCCCAAGGUGCGCCUGGAGGACCUGGUCGAAGGCAAAGCUGACGCGUACAAGCUCGACCUCGGGGUGCUGGACCAAUUGCCUGAGGGUGUCGACACGGAUGAGGACCGCCAGGAGGUGCUCAACAGGGCCAGGGAGCUGCGCGCGAGGCUUUCCGAGACCGCUAAGCAGCUCUUCGCUGGGGCCAUGGCCGACACCAAGAAGGCGAUGGAAGAGUACGAGACCCAGCGUGUACGAUUGGUGGCCAAGAAGCGCGAGACAG